UCUAAAUCACCUUGUGCUUCGUUAUCACCGUCGUUGUCACCAUCGCCAUUACCGUCCCCUCCGACUUCAACAUCUCCGUUGCCGUCGCCGUCGAGAACAAUUCAGAAGCUGGUGCGUACUCCAUUCAAUCAUAGCCCCUGUGCUUGUCUUUGGCCCAUAAGUGUAACUGUUACUUUCUCCUUUUUAGGUAAGGGAAUAUGUUUUUAAACUUGCCAGAAUAGAUGUCACCAGAAACAAUUCUAUACAGGUAUUUUACCCUUUUUGGAAUUUUCAUUAGAGACUCAGAUCUAUUCUUUGACUUGCAUUAACGCCAAGUAAUUAUCGUCUUAUUAUUACCUUACCAAAAAGUAUUUCAUAUAACUACAGGAGGCCAUAGGAGUUUUCGAGGACUUCUUCACAGUUAUUAAAAACAUCACGAAACCUGCUAUCAUUGAAGAGGCUGAAACAAGAAGGAAAUCAAUUUUCAAGGUGGCAGUCAACUUCGAGAGAUAUGCUCUCAGAUAUAGCAAGCACCACCUGAUUAGGAUGAGGUCUUUAGAAGUGAUCAAAAGCCGCAAAAUGGGUGAGUCGGAACACAACCAUCUUUUCAGAUCAGGGGUGAUAUAGCACUUGUCUAUCUACUGAGUGGGUGAGUGGUUCACAAAAUGGAUAACUGCUUAGAUGAUGUGACAGUUUAUACACGUGAUCUGUUGAGAAACGUCACUAUUGGAUCAAAUUGGUCAAUCUAUUCCCCGACUUGGACUUUUUGUUUUUCAAUUACGUUAGUAGAGGAAGGCAUUUGAAGACAUUUCAAUAAGGAAAAAAAAAACGCCUCUUAAAACUCUUCUCGUCGAUGUUUUUAUGAUCGUAAAGAACCAUAACUUUUGAGAGGUAAAGAAAAGAAAUGCCUUUGUACGUUCACAUGUUAUUGUUUAGUUCAAUACGAGCUGAACCAUCCAUUAUUCUUUCUCCGUCAGUACUGGUUUUUAAAAAAGCCCACCGACAAAGUGCCAAUGACUUCUAUUUCGGAGAACAAGAAUUGCAAGCGAGCAUAAAAGUUUCCUCAGCAAAUUUUGCGAACAAUGGUUUGUGUUGACUACUUUUUUUAACCCUUAAUUUGCAAUGUACCUUUGUUUUCCUUCCAAAUAGCAAUUGGUUUGUCAAGUUGCACAGAGAUCGAUAUCCUUUUCCUUUUUUUUCCUUUAGUGUCGCUGGUUGUUGGGAUUGUGUACACGGAUCUCCACGAAGUACUACUCACAGAUCAACCCAUCAGGGAUAAAACAGGAAAAGAAAGGUGGCGUUUUCUCUCUGAUUUUCUCAACCAAAUGCAGCUUUAAUUGCAUAUAAAAAAGAGAAAAUUGCGGGCUCAGCAAAAGUGAUGUUGAAAAAAUGUCAAAACCCAGCUGGUGUUCUGCUUGUCAAUCACCAUCAGCCAAUCGUUUAUGAAGUAACUGCGAAUUUGUCAUUGAUUUGAAAAGGGUCUUAGCUUGCCUUAUUCCCAAUGAUAACCAUACUUUCAACCUUUUCUGUUUUCAUUCAUAUUCAAUUUUCUUCAUAGGCAUUUGGACUCCAGGAUAAUAGCUGUAGCUAUGGAUCCAAAACCGGAAGCAUUGCAAGAAAAUGUCAUCCUCAAGUUCAGAAAUCUCAGGGUAACAGAGAUAGUAAAAUUAAGACUAGUUUAUCUGCGUUAAGUCUAUUCUAAAGAUUUAAAAUGUAUUUUUUAAGGCUGAUGAAGGAGAGAAGAAAUGCGUGUUUUGGAGUGGCUUCAGUGAAAGGUAAGGAACUGGAAUAUAUCUUUUUUCCCCGGCAGUAAAUUGUUUCUUGGCGGCAAAUCAGGUAGACAGGUUAAGGAGUAUUUUGUGUAAAUAUCAACAAUCGAAAUCAUAAGUCAACAAAAGCGUUUAGGUUCUGAACUCGGUAGGAGAAGGAAAUAAUUGUUUAUUUUUGUUCCGCUUUUCUUUAAUAUUUCUUGCGUGAUUAGGUACCUUUUGUAUUUUUUCUGUUUUCUCUUUUUUGCAGCUCAGACGGAUAUUCAGAGAGAGGAUGUCACGUUGUAAAAUCGAAAAAACACUUACCAGACACAGUUUGCAGCUGCAAUCAUUUGACCCAUUUUGCCGUUUUAGUCGAUUACAACGGUAGCCCUAAGGUAAUCGUAUCUUUAACAUUUUUAAUACAAUCCCUUUGAUUUUGGUAACAUUCUUUUUUAUUAUAUUGAAAUUUGUGUCACAGCUCACCGAGAAGGACACAACCAUACUGGAAAUUAUCACUUACGUAGGAUUAAGCCUUUCCACGACGGGGAUACUUUUGACAAUUAUAGCCUAUUACUUCCUCACGUGAGUACUGUAGGUGGACUAUUUAAGGAUUAAUCAAAACUCCAGGAAAAUUCGCACGUAAUUGGCUAUCACCAGCCCGAUUUCAGCACUAAUGGGACAAUGUGUGCGUCAUGCUUGAAAUUGGAAGGUAUAAUAGGACAGUUAAAGGGACAGUUAAAGGGACAGUUAAGACGCUAUGGCCUUGUGAGUGGACAAAACACGUCAUGUGAGCGCGUUGUUGACUCGCAUUUUGACGAGUUAACUGUACCUUUUUUUUUAAUGAAAACGUAUGACCAAUGUCUAGUUUCUUUCUCAAAUUUUGAACCUUUAAGAACUGUCGCAGCAAUCUUUAUGAUAAUGAUUAUAUUUGCUAUGGAUAAGGAAGAAUAAAAUAAAGAUAAAAUUUUUCCUCUCCAGUAGCAGUAGUAAUUAAAUUGCCUCAUCUGCUACGACAUGAAAUAUUAUACGUUAUCAUAGAAUUAUUCGAUUCGUUUUGUUUGUUUGUGUGUUUGUUUUUAUUUUGGUUUUUUUACUAGUGAUGUUGAUCAACCUCUGUCUCAAAUACGGUUGAAUCUCUCUGUGGCCAUCGGAGCUGGACAAAUAAUCUUUCUCGCCGGGAUAAACUCCACGAGAGACACGGUGAGUCAUUUAUAAAUCCCUUAUUUGAAAAAAAAAAUUAUUUUAAAGCUUAUUAAAUUUUGUAAAUAGGAGAGUAAAAAAAAAAACCUAAUUUUUUCUCUCGCAGACUGCUUGUGUCGCAGUAGCAGCUCUGACGCAGUAUUUCCUAAUGGCUGCUUUCUGUUGGAUGCUGAUCGAGGCAAUUUAUCUCUAUCUGCUUGUUGUGAAAGUUUACAACAUCACCGAAAAGAUGCACAUGUUUCACGUCAUCUCAUGGGGUACGUUACUUUAAUUGUUGUGAGUUAUUGGUACCUUCCUCAUUUUGAAUCGCUUCUGAUUGGAUAUGUAAUUCCAUGAGUUAUGUGGACUUCCUCCUAUUUAUACUCAGGUUUACCCAUCAUCAUGGUCGGUAUUUCAUUAAGCAUCGCUGCUGGAAAAGAGGAAAUUCAAAGCUAUACCAGUGAUAAAUAGUAAGAAAUUCCCUCUCUACUAGUCUCUUAUCCUUCUCCGUCUUUUCCGUCUUUCACAUAAACUCAUUUUUUUCGUGUGUGUUUUGACUAAUGUUUCGCUUCUAAGGUGUUUUGGGACAAGGAGGUUGAAGGAGCUAUUUUGUUCAAAUCCAUCUUUUUUUUGUCCUCAUCUCAUUUCAAGCUGCUGGCUGUCCUCCGCUGACAACCUGAUCUGGAUAUUCAUCGCAUUUGUGGCGUUCAUUGAAGGUGUAAGUCGACCAAUGAUAGAUUUUCAUUAUUUCUUUAAUGUACCAGGAAGAACGCAUUUCUAUUCUCGACGACCAUACUCAAAGUUUGCAAUAUUUCUAAUACUAAUCACUCACACGAUUUUUACAGUAUUUCUGAUGUUAGCUGUAGCUGUCUAGUCUCUCUUGGAGAAUCGGAGCACGUAACUCGAAGACUCGGAUUGGGGAUUCACAAUUUUCCUUUUUACGACGCUUCUGGCAAGACAGAUAAUUUUUUUUUUCUAUUUAACGAUAUCUUAUGAUUAAAAGUACCAAUUUUUUGUUUCAGCUCAACAUUUUGAUACUGGUCCGAGUCAUAAAGGAGAUGACCACACUUCUACAACCUAUAGAAGAAGCCAACCAUAUUCAGCAAAUACGGUAGGAUCUAAACUUUAACAUUUGACCAAACGAUUGUAAUGAGUGCAAUUAGGGAAAAACAAACACACGAAAACGAAUUGUCAUAGGAGCGAGCUCUGAGGUAUCUGGCUAAUUCAGUUGGUUCCCUACUAGUUAAUCAUAAACAACGAGGCGUUACGACUUCAACUGAAAGGUCAACUACGAACGUCUAAUUCCACAAGUCACGUAUUGUCAUUGAUCUUCAGACUUGGCGUAAGAACAUGCCUAGUGAUGUUUCCACUGCUGGGCGUUACGUGGCUAUUUGGUCUUUUUUUACCAUUACACAAAGCUUUCGCCUACAUUUUCACCAUCUUCAAUUCUACUCAGGUGAGCUUAUGAGUAAAACUGUCGAUUAUCAGUUGUCUGUAUGAAUACAUUAAUGCUCAUACUACUUAUAAGCCAAAACCAGAUCCUCUCAUAUCCAUCAUAUUAUAUUUUCGUGAAAAAAACCUUGGAAACAAAGAGCAUUCAAUUAGCCAAUCAAUAUGAAAAAAUCAUCCUUUGGUUUAUGAGACAUGCAACUUGCUUUAAUAAAUUUUUCACCCUUUUUAAUACGUUUUAUAAGAAAACUAUACGUGAUGAUAAACUCACUGCAUCAAAUAUCUCAUACGACCCUCUAUCACUGCUCAUCAAAAUCGACAAAUUAAGACCUGAUCUUGAAAUAAUUUUCUGUUUCAGGGUUUCCUGAUUUUCGCCCUUCACUGCUUGCGAAACAGCCAGGUGAGACGGAUACGAACCUGAGGAUACACACGAAGAACAUUUUAUUGAUUUUGUCAUAAAUCAAGAUUUGAGUGCUCAGUAACUUAUAUUUUGUCGCCUGUACAUCUACAGAUUAGAGAGCGAUUGAAAAGGAAGAUGAACACCAUUUUCCCAGCUACUGUGGAUCAUGGAAAGAAAACCUCAAAAAUUGAUCCAAAUGAUGCCGGCGAUAUGUGGGCAGUUGAAUUGCAGUCUUUCAAUGAGUAG